AUGGCGUACGGGCGCGGUGGUGCAGGCAAUUACUACGCGGCGCAGGAGCAAAGUAAGAAGGCUGUUGAGGACGUCGAAGCUAAUCGCUUCACUUCCGCUUCCGCUGCACAAUCUACCCAGCCCUCAACUCAAGUGCAACCUUCAAACUCCUCUCAAGACUACGCACACAUGGGUCGCGGCGGUGCCGGCAAUUGGUACCAGCCCACUGAGCUUCAGAAAGAGGGCACCUUUACACAGGCUGUUGACGCAACCGCCAUUCCUACAUCAUCGAAGCCACAGGUCAGCACACCUUGGCAUCCUGAGGGUCAGGAACUGCCUGUUGCGAGGAGUGGGAGAGGUGGCGCAGGUAACUUUGUCUGGAAAAGUGAAGAGCAAAAGAAGGGGCAGAGUGAGGACGAAGAGAAGCGAGUAGAGGGAAUGAGGGACGAGGUAGAGAGGAGUGUUGAGGCUGGUCUGACGAAACCGCCUGGCGCGCUGCUCGGGAGGGAGACGCAGAAGGACUGGUAA